AUGGCUGGCUUCUUGACCCCUGGCCGGCGGAGAAUCAAUAGAAUCCUGGAUCUGGGCUGCGGCUGGGGCGACAUGACCAGACACAUGGUCGAACUAUUUCCCCAGUGUCCACGCAUCAACUGCGUGAACAUUAGUCGUCGUCAGCUCGAGUGCUGCGCUGCUCAUCUGUCCGACGACCAACGAAGAAGGGUCAACUUGUAUCUCUGCAACGGACAAGUCGUUGAUCUUCUCCCCGACCCAGAGGUGCCCUAUGACCUCGUCAUUGUGCGAGGCGUCUACACCCACUUUCUGCCUCGGGUCUUUGAAGAAUCGGUGGCUCAAGUGUUCAAGAGACUUGCUGAAAAGGGAACCCUGAUCAUCUCCGACACGUUAUACAGGUGCGACCUGGCGACCUACAAGUCUCCUAUGCCCGAUGCCGUGGAUCGUUUGGCCUGUGGUCAUCGCAAGUCCCCGGAGUAUUUCUCCAAUGUACUUGAGAAGAGCGGGUUAACUAUACUAGACAUGCAAAUCAUGCCGUUAAAUACCAAGGUUAUUUACUGGCUCUAA